AUGCAUGGUCACGUAUGCCGACAGUGCCGUGAUGUUGUUGCGAUUGUCCCUUUUUUUUUUUUUUUUGCGCAAUUGCUGGCGCAGCUCAACCUGCUUUUCAUUUGUAUGGGAGCCUGUUCAGGUACAAUUUUUUUUUUCUUUUUUCUUUUUUCGCAACUUUUAUUUAUUUAUUUAUUUAUUUAUUUAUUUUUGCCUGCUGUUUGUUGUGGGUGUGUUAAUAAACAGCGGAGCAUGAAGUUUUGUGGGGUCUGUCGGCUGAAGUAUUUGCGUGCCUCGAAGGUGGCUUACGGCGGUUCGGUGGCCUCGUUGUUGAAUGGCUACCUGCAGCAGGGGGCGGAGACGCAUGCGGCAAAUUUGCCGGCCUCACAGAAGUACUUUUACACACAGAAGGAACAGCAUGACUUGUCGAGCUCUCAGAAACACCGGAUGAUUCAACUGCGUCUCGGUUCGGCCCAGAUGUUGACAUCGACGGUGGGAAAUAUUGCCAAUCAAAACGAAGCGCAUCCGCUUUAUUACUCGCAGACAUCACCGCGGGCGGCCGGAUUGUGUGUCUCGCUCGUUGUGGCGCUGAAGAAACUGCGUAUUCAUCGCCUCACGGAGCUGCAGGGUGCGUUGAUUCCAGUGUUGCUUAGGGGCAAGCACAUCAUUGCACACGCUGAAACAGGAACUGGAAAGAGUUUUGGUGUGGCGCUUGCCUGCGCCAACCGAAUCAUUCGGCAGAAGAUCAACUAUCGUCUCCAUACUGUCAUUAUUGUGCCAACGGAGGAGUUGGCUCUGCAGUACGAAAAGUGGUUGCGUCACUUUGGUGGUGGCACAUCACAGGUGGUGCAGGUGGCAAUCGAGAGGGUUCCGAUGGAGACACAACUGGCGAGACUUCACAACAUCCAGCCACACGUAUUGGUGGGCACUCCGCAGCGUGUUGCCGAUAUCUUGAGGCUCAGCCCCACCAUUCUGGGCGAGAAGUUGCGCCGCAAGGUGGACUGCGUCAUUUUGGACGAGGCCGAUAUUAUUUUAUCUGCCGAGUUGCGGUUUGGGCGUCAGAAAAUAAGCGGGGAGGCGUUGGUUGAUCGUCUUUUCCGCAGUCGCCCAGAGGAGGUGCCGGCUCAGUUGGUGGCAGCAAGUGCAACCAUCAAUGGCCGCACGGCGCAGGCCCUUAACGCUUGGAUGCGGAACGACAAGGCGAUACGUUUGACGACAAGUUUUGUGGAGCACACAAUCCCUCAGACAAUUAGCUUUUAUUUCUUUGCGGAGUCUAUGAAAUACUCAUUGCCAUAUUGUUUAGAACUAAUACUUCGGCUUAUAUGCAAGCAAGAAAGGCGCGCUCGAGUGCUCCUCUUUACGACACUUGAGGCAGUGGAAGGGGUGGUUAAAUCUUUAGGUACAAUGCAGCAGCGUUGCCGGGAAUUGCAUGGAUGGUUGCAGCAGGACUCGAACAGAAUAGUUGCGGCACCGUUGCAGUCUUUAUUGAACCCGACAAGUGGUCGAUCUAAGCCGAUUGUGGCUGGGUCACGUGACGUUUACGUAAAGGAUGACAGUUCUUUGGCGAAGCUGAACGCUGGUAUGCUGUUGGUAGGUGUGGGGAGCCACGAGCUGAGUCGUGGAAUUCAUGUGAGUGGGAUCACACAUGUAAUCCUGUACGGCGAUUGCCCUUCUGCCGCAUCUUUUGUGCACUGUGCCGGGCGGACGGGGCGGAUGGGGGCAGAAGGUCACGUUGUGGUGCUGUAUCCACCGUCCUCCGGCCGUACUGUGCAGCAGGUGUGUCAUGCAGUGGAACUGCCGUUUGUGCCAGGACGAAUGGAGCAAGUGGAGGAUCUGCUGGGCAAUGUUGAUUUUGCCUCUGCUGAGAACAUAGAGACGUUGCAGAAUGCAAAUUUGCAUGCGAAGCCGGAUGAAGCUGGGGAGUGUCUGGCUCCUAUGGUUUUUCCGAAUGGGUGA